AUGCAGUCCCGUCUCUUCGUCCUCGCCGCCGCCGUGGCCGCCGUCUCGGCCACCCACCCCCUGGCUCUGCCCAAGCUCAAGCGCGACCUCGAAGUCCGCCAGGCCGACGACGACAGUGUCUCCGUCGCCCCCAGCUGCAGCUCCGCCGUCCUCGACCUCGUCACCGCGCUCCCGACCCCUCCCCCGUCCCUCAUGACCGCCGCCCUCGACGGCGAGCUCCAGAGCGCCCUCGCCAGCCCCUGCCAGGUGACCCUCGCCGCCAGCCUGUCCUCGGACCUGGUCGAGUACGCCUCCGACGUCCAGAGCUGGUACCAGUCGCACUCGAGCGACGUCUCCUCCGUCCUCGAGGAGUGCAGCGACCUCGUCAGCCUCCUCGGCGGCAGCCUCACCGAGACCGACAUCCCCGUCUGCUCCACGACCGCCUCCGGCAGCGCCCGCACCACCAGCGGCGGCAGCGCCUCGAGAACUGCCUCCGAGACCUCUGCGGCUACUCCCGCCAGCUCUGCCUCUCGAUCUGUCGAGACCGGCAGCCAGACCUCUGCCUCCGCCUCUGCCUCCGCUUCGUCUUCCCAGGGUGCUGGUAGUGCCGGUUCCAAGACCUCUGGCAGCAUCUUCGCCGCAGUCGCUGCUGGUUACUACCUCCCAUCAAACCUGGUAUCCAAACCUCCCACGAUAGAGCAUGUCAACCGCAACAGGGAGGUACAAGACCACGGCCACAAUCUGCCCAAACCCCCAAUUAUUGCCCCCGUAGUCCUCCUCCAUGUUCCUCGCCAGCUCCUCCUGCAAGCCCCGCAGGUGGAAGAUGACCCAGAGCAGAGGCACCGCGAGCCCCAGCGGGACGAGCAUGAGCAGGGCGGCCCAGAGCCGGUGGCUGCGGAACCACUCGCCCACCCUCCCCCGCCAGAGGACGACGCGGCCGGCGCCGACAACCACGGCGUGCCGCUUCUGCUGGUCCUUGGCGGGGGAGUAGUGCGCGCCGACGAGCCCGCACAUCUGCCAGAGGGUCGCGAGGUACACGACGAGGGAGGCGGCGAGCUCGAGCGGCGGGAUGGCGGCGUAGAGCGCGUCGUGGCGCAGGCCGUCGAGCCCGUCGGCGAAGCACAGCCUCUCGACCUUGGCCCAGUCCGCCGUCGACACGUCGCUGCCCGACCCGUCCCCGAUGGGGCGGGAGUCGCCCGGCCCGAAGGCGUGCAGGUUGCGGGAGAGGAAGGGGUAGAAGGACAGCGCGGCGGCGAGGUUGAGCAAGAAGAGGCGGGGGUUGGACCGGGGCGAGGAGGAGGAGGCGGAAGAGGAGGAGGAGUCUAUGCCACUGAGGAGGAGGGCCGGGUACAGCAGGGGCAGCAUGGAGACGACGGAGACGGCCUGGGCGAUCUGGGCCUCGAUGGCGCCGAAGUCGGAGGUGGCGAUGCCGAAGUCCUUCUGGACGAGGAGGGAGAUGGUGGCGAUCUGGACGGCGAUGGAGAAGAAGGCGGCGGCGUUGAAGAAGCUGCGGAGGCCGGUGAGGAGGACCUGCGAGGGGAUGGACCUGAGCGAGGGGUCGAGGCGGGUUUGGAGGAGGAGAAGGAUGGCGAGGGUGAAGCCGAGGGCGAUCUCAAUGAUCGACGUCUCGUCUUGAUAAUGGUGAAGAGGAGGAGGCUUGGUUACGCCGAUGCCCGAGAUGUCCGGGUUGCCGAUGCCGUAGAUGGCCUGGCAGAUCACAGGCUUGCACUCCUGGAGUCUGCUGGCCUCAUAUCCCGUCUCAUCCGACAGGGCCUCGACAUACUUGGUGAAGUCGGAGACGGCGGUGAGCUUGUAGCAGUCCGCCAUUGCCGUACGUGCUCAUCCGAAGAUGUGAUGUGA